UGCGGCCGGGCCGGGGCUGAGCGGCCGCGGGGAUGGCGGAGCAGAGGCGGCGGCUGGCGCGGCUGGCCGUGCUGGAGGAGCUGCGCGUCUCCUACGGGAUUAAGGUGAAGAGCGGGAGCUGCCUGGCAGCGUCCAAGCAGCCGGGAGCGGCGGCCGCGGAGGGUAAAAUCUUUGGAGUAUCAUUCCAUGCAUUGCCACAAUCAUUUGUGCCAGAAUAUGGUUAUAUUCCAAGCUUUCUAGUUGAUACUUGUGAAUAUUUGGAAGAACAUGUUCAUACCGAGGGACUCUUCAGAAAGUCUGGAUCUCUUGUUCGUUUAAAAGCUUUAAAGACUAAACUGGAACAGGGUGAAAACUGCCUCUCAGCUGCUCUGCCAUGUGAUGUUGCAGGGCUUCUGAAACAGUUCUUUAGGGAGCUGCCAGAACCCAUCCUUCCACCUUACCUGCAGGAAGGCCUUAUCAGAGCUCAACAGCUAGGACAUGAGAAGAAAACUGCAACUGUGUUGCUGUCGUGUUUGAUGUCUGACAGAAUAAUUGAAGCUUUGAGAUACUUUUUCAACUUUCUGAGAACUGUGUCCCAAAGAUCUAGUGAAAACAGAAUGGAUAGCAGUAAUCUGGCAGUGAUUUUUGCUCCCAACCUCUUGCACUCGAAUGAAAAUGAAAAGAUGUCAGCCACUACAGAAAAAAAAAUUCGCUUGCAAGCCGCUGUUGUGCAAACACUUAUUGACCAUGCUGCGGAAAUUGGACAACUACCAGAAUUUGUCUUGGAAAAGAUUCCUGCAAUGUUAGGUGUUGAUGCCUUCCAAUCUACUCCCUCACUGUGUGGCCAUGAAGACAGUGAAAAUGAAUCGCCCAGUGAAUGUAAGAGGAGGAAGCACCGAAGUGUUGGGGUCCUUUCAUCAGUGACUCCGGUGGUUCUUACUCCAAGUACCAAGCGUAAGCUUCCAACUGAUUGCUCUCAGGGCUUGUCCAGCAAGAAGAGAAGAUCUUUUAAGCAUAGUUUUGCUUUUGAGUUGUUACCAAAUAGCAUUUUUAGCAGCAGCUCAACACCAGCAUCAGUUCAGUUUGAAGCAAGCCCUUCUGUGUCUCUUGAGUCAUCACAAACCUCACUGUCUCCUUCAACUGGUGGUGAAAAUCAUCUGUCUGGUACAGGGAACAGAAGAAGUAAAAGACAUGCAAGCAAAAAAUUAUACAGGGCUGAAUCAGGAAAGACAGGUUGCUUUUCUCCAAAGAUUAGCCGAAAAGAAAUAGUUCGUAGGUCGUUACGCUUGAAGUUUGGUUUGGGGAAAAGCAACAGAGAAAUGAAUAUUGUAUCAGGAUGUGUGGUUGGUAAUAGAUCUGAAAAUAUUGGAAGGCGUCUUGCAAGUCAGCAAGGUUUGGAAAGCAGAACAGAAUGUGCAAAGAGAGAUUUACUCUUCAGCCCAUGUGUCAAUGAAAAAUUCCCUAAGAAAAGUUCAAAGAAUGCGAGCAAGUCAGAGGAGAACUUGCUAACUACAAAAUGUCACGAUAACGUAGUUCACCGAAUGUCAUGGAAUAGUCCUACGGUUACGUAUUCUCAGGUGAUCAGCAAGAAUGAGGGAAUUCUGCCAGGACACUCUGAAGUGAGAAUCAGUUCUUCAGAACCUGUUUUGAUAUUUGGAAAACCACCAGCUGUUCCAGAUGAAUUUAAAGCCACAACUGUAAGCAAACAAGACAACAGCUUAGAACCUCUACUUUAUGAAGAGGAAAGUAAUUCAACUGCAGCAACGUUACUGAAAGUUAAGCAAGCCUUCUCUGCAUCUGGAAGUAAUCUUCACAAUUUGAUGGGUGACACAAAAUCUUCCUUUUCAGAUGUAGCAGGUGAAACAUUAAUGGAAACUCCAUGUCUCACGGGGCUCAGUCUGGAGAAAGGCUUGUUAGCUGAAGAAGUUUCUGAAAAUGUAGCAAAUAAAAAACCCAGAGAACUGUUACACCAAUUUAAUCAAUCUUAUGCUAUUGAUAAACAGCAAUCAAAAAAAGAUGAAAUUAAAGUCUUGGAGAAAAGAAACUUCAAAACUUCUAUUGAGAUUGAACUUCAGGUCCCAAAACCAGAUAUAAAAAAUGUAACAGAACUUCCUGUGCCUCAAGUACUGGCCAGGGAAGACGAAUUGUCUGUUCAGAACAGUUCAUCAAAAGAUUACUUCAACAAAUUAGAUUCCGCUGGAAUAAAAGAGAAAAUAGAAUUAACACCCUCACAAACAGCUGAAAAGUGUGUGGUAAAAUGCUAUAAUUUGGAAGAAGAUACUGCUAAUCUCUCUGUGGCAGGACAGCUUCCUACUUCACAGUUGCCUAAAUCACAAAAUGAAGUAGGCAACCAAUACUUGCAAGCUGAAAAUUCUGACAGAACUUUAACUAAGACAUUAACUGUUUCUGACCAUGGAAAGGUGUCUGACCACAUACAGUGGUUCAACAAGCUUUCAUUAAAUGAUCCAAGUUCUGCAAGCAAAACUAAACCACCUCUUAAGUUUCAGCGUACUCCUGUUAGACAGUCAGUAAGAAGAAUUAAUUCCUUAUUGGAGGCUAACAGGCGAUCUGUGAGCUCUCAGCUGCUUAAAGCAAGAGAUGUGGGUUCACCGCUUGUUAAAUCUUUGAGCUACGAUUCUGCACUAUUCUCCUGCACAGAAAAGCCCUCAAAGAAUUCCGUGGUUUUGCCACUCAAGAGUGAAAGUACAUAUGACCAAGUUUCUAUAUCUCAUAAGCAACUAGACUUGACAUCCAAAUCAUGUUGCAGACCGUUAAAUCCAUCAGACAAGCCUGAUGUUUCUGUCAGAACUACUGGGAUCCAUGAACAGAAAGCAACUGUGCAUCCAUCCAAGUCGGUUCUAGAAGAUCUAACCAAUCAUAAAACGGCAAAAUCCAGUUUAAAAGUUAAUGCAAAUAUAAAUAUUCCAGAUACUGCCCCAGAAAAAUCUAUAAUCACAAGAAGUGCUCCAGGAAAAGAAAGAGUUUGUUAUAAAGGCUCUCCAAAGAAUCCAAUAUCUAAAGUGAAACUGCUACCAACUGCAAAACCAGUAGACCUAUAAGAUCGCAUAUGAUGGCUAAAUGGGCUUAUUAUAACUUGGUUAACCUUUGGAAAAUCUAACUUUGUAUGAUUAUUUUUUUAGCUCUAAUUAUUUGUAUUUUUUGAUUUAUUUUUUAACUGUAUGAGUCAUGGACUUGUACAAAUAACAACUUGAAGAAAACCUCAACAUAAAAUAUUUACUGAAACAUUUGCAAAUGCUAGUCAGUUCAUCCAAGUGAAUUUGACUUCUAAAACAAAAAUAACCUGUUUUUAUAAAUGUUUGUGUUGGAUCUCAUAUUUUAUUAUCUCUGCUUCUAAAAACAUGCUGCAUCUCCCAAAACAAUUUUUGCAACGUUUAGACUAAGUACCAACUUUUCUCAAAAAUUCUCAGACAUUUAAAACAAAACUAACAGAUGUGAAAAAAAAUAAGUUGUAAAUAAAUUUGAUUACCAAUACUCAGCAUCAAGACAUUUUCUAAGUAUUGUAGCACACUUUGGUAUUUCAGAUGGACCUUACACCAACUGUUCUACUUUUGAGACAACAGUGUUUAUUUCUACUGCAGUAGAUUGGGAGCAUAUUUUCCUUGAGUAGGUAAAUUAAUUAUAUUUUGACAUGUGUGCAUACACUGGAGAAUUAUUAGAACACAUGGAAAGUAAAUGUGCAGUUUAUUCAAGAAUUGAAAAGUCUUAAAACUUGAUCCAGCAAUAUGUUCUGCAAUAGGUACCAAGUAUUUUCAGUUGUGAGCAGUAAGAUGUUUUAUCGUAAUAUGGAAGGGUGGUUUUAACUUAUUCUUAGAGCAAUAGAAUAGUGUUAACUUAGAUGGUGCGGAAGCAGGUUUUAGAUGUUGAUAAUGUUGCAAGAGAUGAAUGUAAGAAGCCAUUGUGUGUUAAAAGUUGGUUUGCACAAGCAAAUGUUUACAUCUUUUGGAAUUAACUGUUUGUCAUCGGUAAAAUUGAGUAAACACUUGAAACUCUUCGUUAGCUUUCUGUAUGUGCGAAUUGCUUAUUGGCAAGAUGUAAGAGCUGAAAGCACUGCAUACUUUUGGUUUUAAUAAAACCAUUGGUUUUGUCCUUUU